UCAUUGUUUUGUAUAUUUAUAUUUUCAUAAGAGAUGCAAUAUGGAGGGUAGACCUGUAAUCAGCUAUGCCGGGAAUAGAAAAAUAUUCAAGAGGUUGGAAUCAGGUUUGGUAUCAAGUCUACCAACUGAAGCUGUUGAAUGGAAGCGAAGCUAUGGAAGAACUUCCAAGAGUGUUUAUGUUGAGGCAGAGUUUCAUCCUAUAGACGUCGAAGCUCUACUUAAGGCUAAGCGUAGCUUGAAUGGACAACAGGUAUUGCAUACCUUCUGGACGGACUGCUCGGAUAUUGAGACCUACAAGAGUUCCUUGAAAGAUGAGAUAUUAUCCUGGCAGAGCACUCUAAAGAAGGCUGGGAGUAGCUCGGACUGGUUGAUCGUGGUGGUGGAGACCCCGGACUCCAGGAGGGCGAACAAGCUGCUCACCAGGACCACAGUGCUGGACAAACUGAAGCAGGAUAUUGCCGGGAAAACAACCGAUAGAUGUCUCUCAAUCAUUGAUCCGACCAAAUCAGAUUCAAAGGCUGCUGAGUCAAUGCAAAAUUUUCUUCAUAAGCUCCGACUUCUAUUCCUCCAAUCAUACAACAGAACACUUAAUAGAUUCGAGGAGCUGAUCAGGUCUGAGCGUGAGAAGAGAAAUGAACCAGGUUGGAGUUUCUGCAACUACUUUCUUCUCCAGGAGCAACUUGCAUUCGUUUACGAGAUCAUGGGUCUACAGGACGAAUCAUUAAUCCAAUAUGAUGAGCUGGAUGCUCUGUUUACUCAGUUUGUGUUGAACAGUAGUGUCGGAGCUUCUCCGUCCUGGCUUUCCGGGUUCAACUCUACACUACGAGACUGGACAGGGUUUACUCUGGAGAAGAAUAUUAACAACAGGUUGCGGAGUAAGAUAGAACGAGGUGAGCUAUCUCUGCUAGAUCUACGGAACUACCUGUUCUCCAGGCAGGCUCUUCUACUGAUCCAACUCAAGAAUGAGGAUGAGCUCGCCAGAAGAUGUUUAUCCUUUCUAUACAACACUCUCCAGGAGAUAAAAAUCCUUGAGAUGGAGUGUAUAGAGGGUUCCACCGAGAUCUGGGUUUGUUUAUGUUCUCUGGAGGUUCUCCGGGUGUGUAAAGGAAGCAGUCUCCAUACAGCUGCCCUGUGUUCCUUCCUACGGGAGAAACUUCUCCAUCUCGGCAGAUUAUGCGGUCUAAUGCCGGGCAGAACUCCAACCAGUCCCCAGCUCCAUCUAGUGGUUAGUUUGUUCGGUGGGCUUCGAGAUGAUCUCUACCUUAAACUUGAAAAAGAUCAAAAGAACCCAGCUGAGAAAUUAAAGGAUGCCCUUUCCUCCCAAUCUAGUUUUGAGAAAACCUAUCUAGAGAUGGCGGAGAUGGCUAUCUCGACAUAUAAGCAUAUAGGACGGAUUCGAUCCGCUCGAUUUAUAGGUAGAGAGCUGGCUGAAUUCUACCUUGAAGCAGGACAAGUUCAACAAGCUGCUGCAUUUCUCUUAGAUUCUCUUAAAACAUUCCAGUUUGAAGGAUGGCAGAGGUUGGGUGUGAGAACUCUGCUGGAUCUGGUUAACUGUUAUAAACUUCUAGAUGAUGGUGAGAAAUAUCUGAGAACCUGUGUACAGAUUGCAAGCUGUGGAGGAGCGACACAGGAAGAGAGAAACCUGUAUUUUAGGGAGAUGAAUAAAAAACUGGAGGAGUUGCCAAAAACAGAAAUUAUUACUUCAGCUGAGGACAUCAUACUUUUCCACUCAUGCACUCAGAUAAAGGAGAGAACUGAUGAGAAGACUGUACCCGGAGUAUCUCUUAAGUUCAACCUGGAACUAGAGAGUAAUCUCCCUGAGGAUGUACUUUGUGAGAGGAUUGAGAUCUCUCUACUGUAUGGGGACCUGGAGCCUGAAAAACGUCGAACCUCGUCAGAUGAGCGUAAGCCUUCAAGGAAAAGUGUUCAAAGAUCUCCUAGUGUUGCAAGUUCUUCUCCCUCAGUUUUCAGUAUUGGAGAACAGGAUGAGGAGCUAGGAGAGGAUGGAUGCAGGGAUCCGUCUAAACUUGAUCUAAUGGAGAGGUUGGAGUAUAAACAGGAUAAAAGCCUGUGUGCUGCAAGGUUGGUUUGUAGAAAUGCAACUAAGUUGUUGAAAAGGAAGGAUAGCUCCGGAGCAAUUUUGAAGGAUGGACAACUUAAACCUGCAGACUACUCACACUCUCUCUCAUUACAAAAUGUAAUGCUGAACCCUGGUAUAAACAAGUAUAUUAUUUGUGGUGUUGCUGCCAGUGUAGGAGUUUACUCACUUAAUCAGAUAUCUGUUCAUGUAGCGCAAUUAAACAUGCUCCAGAAUAUACCCUAUCCUGCUCCGUCCUUCACAGUUGCCAGGGAGGAUCCAGUUAUACUUCUAACCAAGGGGGAGGGAGAACUCUUCUCAGGAGUAGAAAACAAGUUGAGCCUAAGUGUAUACUGUGGUAGUGAGAGUAUAGUCUCUGGAACUGAACUCCAGCUCACCUGCUCUAGGGGGGUACAACUCCGCAACCCGGAGCACAACCUGGAAUAUUCAUCAACUCUUUCAGUUCAGUUCCCUGCCGGAGAACCAUUCCAAACCGUAAGUGUUGACCUGAUGGUUCUAGCAGACCUGGAGAAUAAGAAGGAUGCAACCUCCUCCCCUGUAUCUAUAUUUGUAACUAAUCCCUGGAACGAGGAAAGUAAGGAAAUUUUUCUUCAUUUUGUCCCUGUUAUAUUCUCAACCUUUUCUCUUCUCACUGCUAUGUCAAAGAAGUUUCUCCAGGUCACCGUUCUCUCUCCUUCUUCAGGAAACUACGUCCUUAAGAACGGAAGGAUGGAAAUCAUUAAUGUUCAACAGAUAUCAGGGCUUAAACUUACUCCUAUAAACCAGAAGUAUCCGGAGAUAGUGAUUAGUAAACAGUUUGAGGGUUCAUUCCUCUGGGAGCUGGAUAUAGGAGAAGUGAAAAAUGACGAGACUCCGGCUAAAGUCAAGUUUACUCUUGAUUACGUUCCUGAGGAUAGAUCUGAACCGGAGCGUUCCUUCUCCGCUAUAUAUCAGUUCCAGGACUAUAGAACAUUGUAUACCAUACACGCCAAGGUUGAACCUGCUAAAGGUAAUGAAUUCUGUCGAGCGAGUACACUGUGCCCUAUGACGAUACAACUAGAGCAACUAAACACAGCUCCACAUACUUCUCUUUUCUACGAGGUUUUAGCAGAUCAGACACAGUGGGCAGUUUGUGGGAGACAAGGAGCAGUUAUCAAUCUUCAACAAUCCUUCAGGCAAAAUAUUAUUGUGGAUGUGAUGCCCUUGUCCGGAGGACAUCUGCCCCUUCCAACUGUCCGCCUUAGUAAAUAUAUCCCUGCUGAAGGACGAGGCGGAGGUUUGGGCGGAGCUAGACUAGAUCCAUUCUCUCCGGGUCAGGUUUAUAACAUGUCCAGAGCUCAGCAGAUUCAUGUUCUUCCGGCUUCAAACCAACCAGAAUUCGUCUCUCUUCCCUAGAUAUUCUGAAACUGAAGUCAUGUUCAUCCUUCAUCCAACCAACCCUAGUUCUUGUGGCUAUGCCCUAAUCAUUCUAUUACUAGAUUCUUGGUCAUCCUUCAUCCAACCAACCCUAGCUCUUGUCUCUACUCUGAAAAUCCUGUUCUAGAUUCAUAUUUAUCUUCUAUCCAUCCAAUAGUUCUUGUCUCUACCCUGAUCAUUCUGUUCCCGGAGUCAUGUUCAUUCUUUUUCCAACCAACCCUAGUUCUUGUCUUUACCCUGAUAAUCCUGUUCCUGGAGUCAUGUGCAUCCUUUAUCCAACCAACCCUAGUUCUUGUCUUUACCCUGAUAAUCCUGUUCCUGGAGUCAUGUGCAUCCUUUAUCCAACCAACCCUAGUUCUUGUCUUUUCCCUGAUAAUCCUGUUCCUGGAUUCAUGUUCAUCCUUUAUCCAACCAACCCUAGUUCUUGUCUUUACCCUGAUAAUCCUGUUCCUGGAUUCAUUUCCGUCCUUUAUCCAACCAACCCUAGUUCUUGUCUCUACCCUGAUAAUCCUGUUCCUGGAGUCAUGUUCAUCCUUCAUCCAACCAACCUAGUUCUUGUCUCUAUCCUGAUCACUAUGUUCUAUCCUUUAUAUUUGUCACAACCUCCUCAUUUGUUAUUCCUGUAAUUAAUUGAUAUCUUUCUAUUUUUGUUUUUGUUUUUAUUUACAAGCUUAAAUAUUUUCCUAUAUUACCUUUACUUACGUCUUCUACAUUUAGAAUUGAUUAGAUCUGUGAUAUGGUCAACACAUAGAUAGGAUAAGAAGAUAGUUGUUCUUUUACGUGGUAAAGUGAUUGUGCAUGAUAACCCCUGAAGAGUAAAAACAUAUAAUCCCUACACAGGAUGGGGUAAAAAAAAUAGAGGUUUAACGAGUUUAAUCUAGAGUUUAAAUAUCAAAAUCCACUGAUCAAAUCAGCCUAUCUUGUCCUUUCCGUGUAAUCUGUGAUCAAUUCGUUAUUUUGUUUUAUAAUUGUUAAAGCUCGCAAUCGCAUAUUUAUUUAAAAUGAAAUAAAUUUAAAAGAUUAGAAAA